AAUUAUCAUAGAACGAUGUUGAGGCCCUAGCUACCCAUCUAUCCCAUCCAAAACACGUUCCCAGUCGUCGGAGAAUCGUCGAGUGAAGCGGUUGUUGAUUUUUGAUAGCGCGUUGAAGUGAUCGGCCAACAGCCCGGCCAAACUCAAAAUGCAACUGAAAUGUAUUCUGCUGCUCACUUUGGUGGCGCUGCAGCAGCUGGACCUUGGAGCUGGCUCCCGCAUCCUGGCUGCCUUUUUCUUUCCCGGCAAGAGUCACUUCAUGAUGACGAACGCCAUUGUUCGGGAGCUGGUGCAGCGCGGCCACGAGGUCACCUACAUCACGCCCUUCUCCCUGGCAAAGGAGAACUUGGGUCCGAACUACAAGGAGAUUGUCAUUGCACAGUACAAUUUUUGGCCAGAGAUUAAGGAAAUAACAAAAACCAAUACCAUUCUGGAGAUGACCGAUGUGCCGAAUCUGACCUUCGUCAGGCUGUUGAUGGUGAUGGGUAGCCACAGCACAGACUUUGCCUUCGAUCAGCCGCAGAUACAGGAGCUUGUGAAUGCCAAGGACAAAGUCGGGAAGUACGAUCUGCUGCUGGCCGAGCAGUUCUACAACGAGGGUGCCCUCAUUCUGGGACAUCUCUAUCAGAUACCCAUCAUCACCGUGUCGACCUUUGGGUACGCCAACUACCUCAGCCAGAUGGCGGGCAUUGUGUCGCCGUGGUCCUAUGUGCCCCAUGCCUUCAUGCCCUACACGGACCGCAUGUCGCUGUUGGAGCGCAUCGGGAACGUGAUCAUCUCUGGCACCGACGAUCUCAUUAGGGAGUUCUCCUACUACCCGGAGCAGGAUGCCAUUCUGAGGAAACACUUCUCCCAUUUGCUGGACAGGGUUCCGACCAUCAAGGAAUUGGAGCGAAACAUCUCCGCCAUUCUGUUAAACAACUACAUGCCGCUCUCUACGACCAGACCCACCUCCUUCAACAUGGUUGCCGUGGGCGGACUGCACAUUAAGCCACCAAAAGCUUUGCCACAGCAUCUGCAAGAGUUCCUCGAUGGCGCCACCGAAGGAGCCAUCUACUUCAGUCUGGGUUCCCAGGUUCGCAGUGCCGAUCUCCCGCCCGAGAAGCUAAAGAUCUUCCUCGACGUCUUCGGUAGCCUGAAGCAGCGCGUUCUGUGGAAAUUCGAGGAUGAGGCGAUGCCCAAUCUGCCGUCCAAUGUGAAGGUGCAAAACUGGAUGCCGCAGGGAGACAUAUUGGCGCAUCCCAAUGUCAAGGUGUUCAUCGCCCACGGCGGCCUCUUUGGCACGCAGGAAGCCGUUUACAACGGUGUCCCGAUGCUGGGAAUGCCCGUCUAUUGCGAUCAGCAUCUGAACAUCAACCAGGGCAAGCAGGCUGGCUAUGCGCUGGGCUUGGACUAUCGCACGGUUACCGAGGAUGAGCUGCGGUUCUCGCUCACCGAACUCCUCCAGAAUCCCAAGUACCGGACCAGCAUGCAAAAGGCAUCGAGGGUCUUUCGGGAUCGCCCACAGAGUGCCAUGGACACGGCCAUAUACUGGAUCGAGUACGUGAUCGAACACCGCGGAGCUCCACAUUUGGUGGCUUCUGGUGUGCAGCUGCCCUGGUAUCAGUUCUACCUCCUGGACAUCCUAGCCCUGGCCCUGGCCAUCGUUCUCCUGCCCAUCCUUGCCCUGUGCUGCCUGUGCCGCGGCUCCAAAUCGAAGAACGUGCCAAAGAAGAAGGCCAAGCGGAAUUAAUUGGAA